AGGCGCCAGUCCGCAGCCGGGCGCCGCGACCCGGGCUGAGAUGUGAGGGCGGCAGGCGCCCGGCGGCGGCUGCGACUGCGGUGAGGGCGGGCGAGGCCAGUGGGCGCCGUGUGCGGCCGGCCGUGUGGGCCGCGGGAUGAGGAAGCGGCUCGAGCCCGUCGCCCUGGAGCGGGAGCGCUGCGCCGCCUCGGGCUCGUCCUCCUCCGGCGCGGCCGCCGCGGCGCUGGACGCCGACUGCCGCCUGAAGCAGAACCUGCGCCUGGCGGGCAAGGGGCCGGCCGAGCCGCGCCACGCCGCCGACGCGGGCAUGCAGCGGGCGCUGGGCAGGCGAAAGGGCCUGUGGUUCCGACUGAGGAAGAUACUGCUCUUUGUUUUGGGGUUGUACUUUGCCAUUCCGUUUCUCAUCAAACUGUGUCCUGGGAUACAGGCCAAACUGAUUUUCUUGAAUUUCGUGAGGGUUCCCUAUUUCAUUGACUUGAAAAAACCGCAGGAUCAAGGUUUGAAUCACACCUGUAAUUACUACCUCCAGCCAGAGGAAGACGUGACCAUUGGAGUCUGGCACACUGUCCCCACCGUCUGGUGGAAGAAUGCCCAAGGGAAGGACCAGAUGUGGUACGAGGAUGCCUUGGCUUCCAGCCACCCCAUCAUCCUGUACCUGCACGGGAACGCGGGCACCAGAGGAGGCGACCACCGAGUAGAGCUCUACAAGGUGCUGAGUUCCCUUGGUUACCACGUGGUCACCUUUGACUACAGAGGUUGGGGCGACUCAGUGGGAACGCCAUCGGAGCGGGGCAUGACGUAUGAUGCACUCCAUGUUUUUGACUGGAUCAAAGCAAGAAGUGGAGACAAUCCAGUGUAUAUUUGGGGUCAUUCCCUAGGCACUGGAGUGGCUACAAAUCUGGUGCGGCGCCUCUGUGAGCGAGAGACACCUCCGGACGCCCUCAUAUUGGAGUCUCCCUUCACCAACAUCCGCGAAGAAGCAAAGAGCCAUCCGUUCUCAGCGAUAUAUCGAUACUUCCCUGGGUUUGACUGGUUCUUCCUUGAUCCCAUUACAAGCAGUGGAAUUAAAUUUGCAAAUGAUGAAAAUGUGAAGCACAUCUCCUGCUCCCUGCUCAUCCUGCACGCUGAGGACGACCCGGUCGUGCCCUUCCAGCUUGGCAGAAAGCUCUACAACAUUGCUGCACCAUCUCGAAGCUUCCGAGACUUCAAAGUUCAGUUCAUCCCCUUUCACUCAGACCUCGGCUACAGGCACAAGUACAUCUACAAGAGCCCCGAGCUUCCACGGAUACUGAGGGAGUUCCUUGGGAGGUCGGAACGUGAGCGUCAGCACUGAGCCCUGCUGCCUGAAGGAGCAUGAAGACCUCUGCCCUCCUCCCCUUCCUCCAGCCAGCCCGGCACCCUGGAGCCUGGGGGUGCCUGCAGCCACGAUGCGCCUGGAGAGAGGCCUCAGAUGCCAGCUGGGGCAGAACGAGGAGGCCCUGGCGGACCUGAGGCUCCCUGCCCUGGUGGCCGGGAACAUGGAUCUUUGUGGAAAAUGCAGGUGGCAGACAGGUGGCCCUCUCUCCCUCUUGCUGCCACUCAACCUAAGCUGGCGUUGGGAAGACAGUGACAGCAAGCCGGCCACCGGCUGGUGGAUCCCACACUCCCUGAGCUGGGCAUGAGGUCCCGGGACCACACUGAGCUUUCCGGCACCGCCUGCGGGAACCUGGGGAGACUUGGGUUCUUUCUGUCCCUUCCUGGCACAUGCAGAAUGGACUUCAAUGGUUGGACCAUCCCCUCCUGCCCUCUACGCACCCUGCUUGCCUUCCUUGGUGUCCCUGCCUCCCUGGGUGGGCCCCCCGCACUCGCAGCGGGGAGGUGCCUGUGAUCUGCACUUCCCCGCUCUCUGCCCGCCUGUCAGCCUCACCUGGCCUUAGACUGAGCAUUUAUUUAAGAAUAAAAGCGUGGUGGGUGGUCU